AACACAGAAUCAGACAGCUUCCCUUUCCUGGUCCGAUCCAUGUCAACUUCUCGGAGACACAGCUGGGGCAUCCCAUUGUCCCCCAUUAGCCUGGGGAGGAGACUGAGUCUGGACACCACGGCCAUAGACAGUGAUGGAGAGAGAGAAGAUGACGAAGAGAGACAGAAGAGUCUCCUCCAGUCCACCCAUCAGCAGAUGUUCAGCAUCCCAGCAUACCCUGAGACGGAUCAAGGGGAAGAAUCUGAUGGUCCCAGCCAGAGAGUGUCCCCUUCUCUCAGUGCCAAGGACACUGUCAUGGAUUCGGGUAUGCCUGGCAAGCAGCUGUACUCCCGCUCAGAUAUCCUGGCCGCAGAUGAAUGUUCCCGUGCUGCACGCAUCUCCCGAGUUGUAGAGACAUCCAAACAAGCUGCCAGGACAGCAGGAGAGGUGCCGGACCCUGAAGAAAUGUUGCAUUCUGCUGAAGGACAGAGCCAUAUGUUGAAGGUACAGAAAGUUCUGCAGGAGCUAAAGCUGUACCAUGGAGCCAAGCAGAGGAACAACAGACCAGAGGCUAAGGAUUCAGGAAGUGUCACAUGGUACGAGUUCCUGGCUAAGGAGAAUGAGGAUGAAGAGGAUCGUGCAGAGAAAGUGGAGAAAGGCAGAAAGGUGAAGAGGACUCUCAGCUCGCUGAGGAACAGAGUGACUGGCUCCUUUAAUAAAGACAAGGGUAAGAACCGAGAAAAAGACCAGCAGAAAGAAAAGGGGAAGGAGAGGGAGAGGGAGAAAGAGAGGGAGCCCAAAGAGAAAGAGAAAGAGAAAGUGCGUCGCAGCAGCAGCAGCAGCAGCAGCGGGCAUCAUUUGGUGCCCGGUGCUUUCUCCAGCUGUGCUACCUGCUCACUGUGCAGCAAGAGCCUGCAGAAAAAGCACGGCCUGCAGUGCAUGAACUGUGCCGUGAACGUUCACAAGAGCUGCAGGACUCUGCUGGGUGAGUGCAGCAGCAACAAGCACAAGAAAGACUCAUUACCAAGGAUAUCAUCAUCAUCAUCAACUUCAGGAUCUCCCAACCUUGUGCUGAGAGAGCAGGACCGAGAGCAGGAUCACAGGAGCCCAGCCUCAGCCCAGGCUGGGGGCGGCCCCCGAGGUUUGCCUCGCGCCCCAGGCAUAACCCACCCUUUGCGGGGACCUAGCACUCAGCCUACUGCCGCCCACACCGCCAGCUCCAACAUAGCCACCUCAACCACCUCCUCCAGCCUUGGCCACACCCUCCCUCACAACAGCAGCUCAGGAUCCCUCCCCGGGGAGAUGGACGAGACAGACGCCCUCCGCUUCAAGCGUUUCAAUGACGAUGCCGUCUCCCUUGCCCCCUCCACCACAGAGUCCAUCAUUGUCGAAGAUGCACAUUACGCAGCGGUGCGUGCUGAUCUGGAGUCAGACGCCCAGGACCUGGAAGCAGAGUCAUGGAGUCUGGCAGUUGACCCACAGUUUGUUAAGAAACAUUCUAAAGAAAUGGUGAAGAGACAAGACGUGAUACACGAGCUGAUGCAGACAGAGAUGCACCAUGUCCGAACACUGAAAAUUAUGCUACGCGUGUACGUCCGAGAGCUAAAAGAGAAUCUCCAGAUGGACUCAGGCAGGCUGGACUGUCUGUUCCCACGCCUGGAGAACCUUCUGGAACUCCACACACAUUUCCUGUCCCGACUCAAAGAACGUAGGAGGGAGAACCUCCUCUCACCCAAUGACAGGAACUACUCUAUCCACAGGCUGGCGGAUAUACUAAUUGCACAGUUCUCAGGUGAGAUAGGAGAGAAGAUGAAGGAGAGCUAUGGCGAUUUCUGCAGCCACUACACCGAAGCUGUCAACUACUACAAAGAACUGUGGCAAAACAACAAGAAGUUCCAGAACCUCAUAAGGAAAACUAACAACCUGUCUAUCGUGAGAAGGCUAGGGGUGACGGAGUGUAUUCUCCUGGUGACCCAACGAAUAACCAAGUACCCGGUGCUCGUGGAGCGCAUUCUACAAAAUACUGAAGCGGGUACAGAGGAACACGAGGAGCUGACAUGGGCCCUGGGUCUGAUCAAAGGCACCAUCGUACAGGUGGACACGUUGGUCAACCUCCACGAGAAGGCUUCACGACUCCGAGACGUACACAACAAAAUGGAGCCAAAGGCACUGGGCAAAAUCAAAGAUGGCCGGGUGUUCCGCAGGGAGGACCUUGCACAGGGCAGGAGACGGCUGCUACACGACAGCACGGUCAACUGGAAAGCUGCCUCUGGCAGGCUCAAAGAUAUCCUUGCAGUGCUGCUGUCAGAUGUGCUACUCUUACUGCAGGAGAAGGAUCAGAGAUAUGUGUUUGCUACAGUGGACAACAAGCCAUCAGUGAUCUCUCUCCAGAAGCUGAUUGUCAGAGAGGUGGCUCAUGAAGAGAAGGCUAUGUUCCUCAUCUGUGCCUCCUCCAAUGAGCCGGAGAUGUACGAGAUCCACACCACCUCCAAGGAGGAGCGCAACACCUGGAUGACACAGAUACGGCAGGCUGUUGAGAGCUGCCCACAUACUGAAGAGAGGCUAUUCAGUGAGGAGGAAGAGGCACGAGCUGCCAGAUUCAAAGAGUUUCAAGAGCGACUGAGUCAGAAGGAUACAGUGAUUGCCCAGGCCUUGACUGAGAAGCUGCAGCUGUUUGCGGACAUGGCUGAGUCUGUGGCAGGUCUGGAGGACACAGCCUCCCGGUCCAGACUGCUGCUCCGUGGAGACGUCACCGACCUCCAGCAGGGGGAGACCUUGCUCAAAGGAGCCAUCACUGAGGUGGAGAACCUCCAGAACCUGCUGCAAUCUGGAGUCAUAGAAGAGUCUCCUGCUCCACGACCAGAGGAUGGGGGUGACUCUGGGCCUCUGCCCAGGAGGGCAGACACAUUCGGGGGCUACGACAGCAGCCCCAAGAAUGGCAGUUUGAAGAAGAAGAACUUUCCUGGCGAGGCCAGGAGCAGAGACAGGAGCCAGAGAGCGAGCUCUGACCCUCAGCUCAAAGACAUCUGUGGCAGCCACUCCCUGGAGCAGACGGUUGAUGAAAGCUGCUGCUCUCCCCCCGCCAGCUGGAACCGCAUCUGGUCCAACUCCUUCCCCGAGGCUGAGUUCUUUGACAGAGUGCUGAUGCUCUCCCAGAGGCUGUACAGCCUACAGGCCAUCAUAUCCCAACAGGAUAGUCAUAUUGAGCUCCAGCGGGCUUCACUGACAGAGCGGGCCUCUCUGCCUGGCCGCCACAGGGGCAACGUCCUCCUGGAGCAGGAGAAGCAGCGGACGCUGGCCCUCCAAAGAGAGGAACUGGCCAACUUCCACAAGCUGCAGUCCCAGCACCGGCAGGAUCAGCAGCGCUGGGAGAGGGAGAGGGAGAGGCACCGGCAGCAGGCAGAGGCAGCUGAGGAGAGGCUCCGACAGAGAGAAGAAGAGUGUAGACGGCAGGAGGAGCGUCUGACAGAGGAGAGAGAGGAGCUGGAGAGGCAGAGGGAGACUUACCAGCAGGACCUGGAGCGGCUGAGGGAGUCAACCAGAGCAGUGGAGAGAGAGAAGGAACGCCUGGAACACUUGAAGAAGAUCAAGAGGAAAACAAUCGAGGUGGCCCCAGGCAGUGUUAAUGGCGAGCUUCUGAAGUCCUCUGGUGUCAGUAGCAGCAGCCUCACCAGCUCAAGCAGCAUUGCUGACCUGCCCUUGCCUCCGAAGCCACUAGUGCGUGCCAGCAUGUCCGUUGCACCCGCUGACUACGCCGAGCGUCCCGAGGUGACAUUGCGUCGGGAUGCAAGCAGCGCCACCCUCCCUGUUAAGACUGAAGUGCCACUGCAUCUCAUCAGCACCACCAACCAGCAGCACAAGCCUGUGGGGGUGCAGCAGCAGAUCCCCACCAAGCUGGCUGCCCUCAGCCGGGGAAAAGAGAAGGCGGGCAAGGGCGGCAAGGCUUCUCAUCGCACCGACAGCACUGCAUCUGUGGAUAUGAAGCAAAUGCUGCCGUUGAAGCUUUCAGCUCGAGAAGACAACUCCCUAAAGAGCAAGCGCUCUGUCAGCCCCCAGCAACUGCACCCGCUGGCUGCCCCUCCUGCAUCCCACUCUCUACACCACCACUCAGAUCUAAUCAGUCCCCCUGAAAACAGUGGACCAGAUGGCCAGUCCUCCAUCGCCACCAUCACCAGUCACCCUCCCAGUGUCCAGAAGCCCCCGAUGCCCCCGAUGCCCCCGACCCAGCCCUACGCUCAGCCUCCUGUCCAGGCCCUUAACCCGCUUUGCUCCCAGAGCCCCAACUCCCUUCACUUCCAGCCCCAAGGCAUUUGUCCUAAGCCCCAGGUCCAGCCCCAGGUCCAUGGUCUCAGCCACAGCCACAGCAUGCCCCCUCCCUACAGAAUCACCACAGAGGAUCUCAACAAGGAAGACGUCAUCUUCUUUUAAACAGCCGUUCCGAUGUGCUACCCUCAGAUCAGCCGUUGACAGUGAAACAGGAUGCUAUUCUAAGCCUCUCCAAAGGUGCUCUACCCAUCAGCCGUUCGGCCCAUUCGCAAGGAGUCACUUGUCAGUGAUAGUGUGAGGAGGGGUUAUGUGUGGGUUUACUGUGAUGAUAAAAUGGCUCGCAAGAAUCUGUAAAGGGGGCUGAUGUGUCUUAGA